CUCCUCUCUCAGCUCUGCCCACCUCCGCUCACCUUUUCGCCGCUUCUCACAACACAAACACACUUCGGUGCGGCUUCUCCUUCUCCACCAGUCCUCUCUGGAUUUUCCUGCUCCGAGUCGACCGGACACAUUCUGCUCAGGAUGCGUUGUGUGAGCUGGCUGCUGCUGGGAACCUGCCUGCUGGUGCUGGGCCCGGCGGUGCAGGGAGCCCCGAGUCAGUGUCCGACCCUGUGCCACUGCCACGGCGACCUGCAGCACGUCAUCUGCGACAGCGUGGGGCUGAAGAAGAUCCCCCGGGUGUCGGAGGCCACCCGCCUGCUGAACCUGCAAAGGAACAACCUGGGCAGCAUCCCGACGGGGGCCUUCAGCGAGAGCAAGGGGCUCAUCUCCCUGCACAUGCAGCACUGCCAGCUCCGGGAGAUCGGGUCGCAGGCCUUCAAGGGGCUCAAGAAGCUCAUCUACCUCUACCUGUCCAACAACGAGAUCAGCAGCAUCAAGCCGGGCGCCUUCGAGGACCUCACCGAGCUCACCUACCUCUACCUGGACGGGAACCAGAUCAGUGACCUGGCCAAGGGCAUCUUCUCCCCGAUGAUCAACCUCUUCAUCCUGCAGCUCAACGACAACAAGCUGCGGGAGCUUCGGACGGGGACGUUCGCCGGCGCCAAAGACCUGCGCUGGCUGCACAUGAGCGGGAACGAGCUGUCGACGCUGCAGCCGGGCUCUCUGGACGAUGUGGAGAACCUCGCCAUCCUCCACCUGGACAGGAACAAGAUGUCCAUCUAUCCCAGCGCCGCCAUGAGCAAGCUGCGGGUGGUGGAGGAGCUGACGCUGGGCAAGAACCCCAUGAGGAACAUCCCAGACAACGCCUUCCAGAGCUUCGGCCGCUACAUGGAGAAGCUACACCUGGACGGCAUGGGUCUGGAGAAGUUCUCUGAUGGAGCGUUUACCGGCGUGACGGCGGUGAAGUCGCUCCACCUGGACAACAACAAGCUAAAGUCGCUCCCCAGAAGCCUGGAGUUCGGCACCGUCGCCAACCUCACCAUCUCCAACAACCCGUGGAGCUGCACGUGUCAGCUCGCUCCGCUGCGCAGGUGGAUGGACUCCAGCCGUAACCGCCCAGAUGCAGUUUGUGCAUCUCCACCGUCGCAGAAAGGAAAGCAAGUGAGAGACAGUCCUGCCUUCAGCGGCUGCAGAGUGAAGGCGAAGAGAGCCAAGAAGGGAACACGUCACUGAGCCUGCAGCCGCACAGGAGACGCCGAGGAGGAGGAGCCCGUCCAGGCGACCGGCUGCAAUGCUAACUGAUUCUACUUUCAGACUGUCUGACUAUUGUCACACUCGCUCUCUGUCUGUGUCUCUCAAACGAACGUGGACCGGUUUUAUUCUCAUUCAUUCGUAUCCAAGGUGAAGACUAAAGUAUGUGUAAGAGGAUGCAGGUAGAAACCAGAAUAAGGAUGCAUUUGUGGAGAUGAGGGCUGAAGAAAGCAUUGAAAGGGAGGCGGACAAACAGUAAACAAGUAGUAAACAAGGUUCAGGUUCUUGAUGAGCAUGAAAAUUUCUUAACAAGAGUUAGUUGGGAAAAUUGAUACUUAGCUUAGCAUGCUUAGCAUAAAGACUGGAAACAGCUUCUUCUGCUUACCAGAACCUCUACAGCUCAUUAUUUAACACUUUAUAUCUUUGUUUGGUAUUAAUCAGUGUCUCUGCGAUCAGUAUUCUCAGGUAGCUCUCGGUAAGAACGCGAUUAAACCUAUUCCCCAAAACUAUGUCUUUAAUUUAUAGAUUUUUUUUGGUUAUUUGGGGAGCAGCAGAACAAACUGAAAGGCCUUGUCCACACUAAUACGGAUAUUUUGUAAAGUUUUCUUCUACAGUUGGUUCUUUAAUUCACACAUUAAUUUUUUUUUUAAAGGUCACUCAAACAGAUAUUUGUAUAUUAAAGCCUUUUCUAAAAAUGAUAAUCUGUCAGCAAGGGUGUCAGAAAAUAUCUUCUAAAAACUGUGGAAUACAGUAAUGUUCAUAAACUCUAAAACACUGACAAUAAAGGCAAACAUCUGUAAAAUGUAGAUUUUUUUUUUGCUGAUUGAAACACAGUAAA